CAAAAAUUAAUUUUUUCUUCAAGUUAUUAAUGUUUUAUAAUUUACAGACUGAUUUAGUGAAAGAACAAAUAUGUCGUUGGAAGAACUUGAUCAGGAACCAUUUAGUGUCCAUGAGUUUGUCGAAAGGUUGGCAUGGAAGACAAUGGGAUCAAAAGCUGGCAGCAAUCCAGAAGAUUUCGAUCCCAUGAAACUGCAUACAGCAUUUGAAAAAAUGAUUGGUGAUUUACAGAAGAAAAAUGAAGACAAACAAAAGAGAAUUGAACAGUUGGAAAAUUCCUGCAAAGAGGAGGAGAAGAAACAUUGGCAACGUGUUAUGGAAUUACAGAAAAAAAAUCAGGCUCUCUACACAAACUUCCAAAAACUGGAUGAAAGAAUCAGUUAUGUAGCAACAAAAGUGGUUCACUUGGGAGAUCAGCUAGAAGGAGUUAAUACACCAAGAGCAAGGGCUGUUGAGGCUCAAAGAUUGAUGAAUUAUUUAGCUGAAUUUCUCUCUGGUGAAGCCUUGAAAUCUGCCAUUCUUACUGAUCCUUUUCAACUCCAGCUUGCAGCUGAUAUUAUACAGAAGUUACAUUUGAUAGCUCUAGAACUACCUGUUGGUGGGAAGUUUGAUAGAGCUCGGCAGAAAAUAGCAGAGAAGUAUGACAACAUUGAAAGAGAAUUAAUUGGUGAAUUUAAAAAUGCGCACAGAGAAAAAGAUUUAAAGAAAAUGAAGAAAAUAGCAUCUGUUAUGACAAACUUCAAGGGAUAUGGACAGUGUAUUGAUGCCUUCAUUACAGAAAGUCAGAGGAAUGCAUUUUUAAAACCCAAUAUAUUUGACGAUGUUUUACCACUUUGUGAAAAAACCAAUGAAGUUGUCCAUGCUGUUUUUGUCAAUCCGGAAAACGUCAUGGGCAAAUUUGUUCAGAAUAUUUUUCAAACCAAAAUACAGAAUCAUAUUAGUAAAGAAUUAGGAGAUCGGUCUGACCCAGUACAUUAUUUGAAAAACUUGAAUGAUCUGUACAGUAGAACAACGAAGUUAAUAGGAGAGUUAUCUGGAUUUAAGUUUGGUAAUGAUAGUUCUUUAUUAAAUAAAUUAACACGAGGUAUUUUCCAGUCUCAUCUUGACAGCUAUAUAGAUAUUGAGACACGAUAUUUACGAGAUAGAUGUACAAUAUUACUUCAUCGCUACUAUGAGAGUAAGGAACAUCAGAAAAAACAGAUCCAGUCUGGAGGUAUUCAUGAUUUAAAACGAGAUAUUCAGGCAAAGAUUGGUAAAGCUAAUAUAAAUAUUGGACCAGCAAUAGAAGAUUAUGGUGGAGAAAUAUUCCUAUCAGAAGUUGAUGCUAUAAAUAUACUUCAGGAAACUAAGAUGGCUUUUAAACGCUGUCAAAUGUUAUCAAAUCCAUCUGACCUUGGAAAGAAUGCAGCUAAAAUAUUUGAUGUGCUGUCUCAGUAUUUGGUCAUAGAACAUAUAGAUUAUGCUUUAGAAUUAGGACUUCAAGCCAUUCCAUUGUCCGACCCUAAAACAGAACCAGAGAUUUAUUACUUUGAUGUGAUUAACCAGGCCAACUCAUUGUUUCAAUUUGUGGAAAAACAAUUCAUGGAUAGCCUAGUUCCUCUUAUCUUGUCGUCUCCAAUGCAUGGGGUUUGUUUAAAACGGAAACGUGAGUUAAGGGAAAUGUUAGAAACCAAAAUAGAUGUGGGAGUUGAUAGAGCAUUGAAUUCUAUCAUUGGUUGGAUACGACAUAUUUUAUCAACUGAACAGAAGAAGACAGAUUUUAAACCAGAGACAGAUGAUGCUCCUAUGUUGAUGUUAUCACCUGCAUGUGAGAAAGUGGUAAAGUUUUUAACCAAACAAGCUCGAUCAAUCAGAAGAAGUGUGGAUGGUAAAAAUAUAGAUGUUGUUAUGAUGGAGUUAGGAAAACGAUUUCAUCGCUUGAUCUACGAACAUGUUCUACAGUUUCAGUAUAAUAUUAUUGGUGCUAUGUUAGUAAUCUGUGAUGUUAAUGAAUAUAGAAAAGUAGUGAAAGAAGAGUUCCAAGUGCCGUUGUUAUCACGAUUAUUUGAGAAGCUCCAUGGUUUAUGUAAUUUAUUAGUUGUUGUUCCUGAAAACCUGAAAACUAUUAUAACUGGGGAUCAGCUGAUUGAGUUAGAUGAAGCUGUUGUUUUAUCGUUUUUAGAAAGACGCAGUGAUUAUAGGACAGCUAAAAUAGCAAGCUUGAUUAAACGAUGA